AGUGGAUAAAGGGGCCUAACCUCUACUGGGCCACAUCCAACCGCAGUGUGCUGGAUCCCUCUGUGUCUGUGUCGGUCCUAUACUUUGUCUCCUGAAAGCUUCUGGCGAUGGCCCCAAAGAAGAAGGAAGAGCCAAAACCUGCAGCAGCACCAGCCCCUAAGCCGCCAGAGCCAGAGCGCCCUAAGACCCCGGAGUUUGACCCUGCAACAGUAACGCUGGAAUUCACCCCUGAGCAAAUUGAGGACUUCAAAGAUUCCUUCCAGCUGUUUGACAGGACACCAGCCAAUGAGAUGAAAAUCACAUACGCCCAGUGUGGUGACCUGAUUAGGGCUUUGGGCCAGAAUCCUACCAACACAGAGAUCAUGAAUGUCCUUGGAAAGCCCAAGCCUGAAGACAUGCAGACUAAGAUGCUUGACUUUGAUCAGUUUCUGCCCAUGCUCCAACACAUUUGCAAGGCCAAGGACCGUGGAACAUAUGAGGACUUUGUGGAGGGUCUGAGGGUAUUUGACAAGGAGGGGAAUGGCACAGUCAUGGGAGCUGAGCUCAGGCAUGUUCUAGCAACACUGGGUGAAAAGAUGAAUGAGAGCGAGGUGGAGCAGCUGAUGCAAAACCAGGAGGAUGCUAAUGGAUGCAUCAAUUAUGAAGCUUUUGUAAAAUACAUUAUGGCAACUUAAAAAGGGAAAGCAAGACCCUGAAUUCUUGACAGCAGAUCUAUGUUUCUGUAAAUCCCAUCUUGUAUAUUUUUCAUUUCCAUGCAUCUCAAAUGGAUCUACAACUCAUCAAUAUAUCACCAUGUUUUUUAAGACCGCUUGUGUUGAUGCUGUGCACACAUUGCACCAUAUAGUAGAUCAUGGUAAAUAAAUACAAUCAUAUUGA